AAAAGAGGGCCCAGAACCCCACUUAAUAUUCCCACCAGGGGAAAGUUAUGACAUAUUGUGGUUAAGGCUUAUCAAUGAUUUUAGUUGCCAGUAUGCAUGGCUUUGUCAUUGCCUGUCCAUUCCGAAAUUAAGCGGGAUUUACGGCAAGGUCAAGCUUUAUCUUUGUGAUUAUAAUGUUCAUGCAUGCGAAUCCAAAGACAGGAAGGAUUUGCGCCAAAUCAUCGCCAAAGAACUUAUCCAGAACAUUGCCGCGUCGGCCGGGUUAGGCGGCUUCACAACUCAAUGCAAAAUGAGCUAUUCACGGAUAGUUUGCUAUAAAACGAAAUACUGUAUAUCCGAGCCAACUAAUAGCAUGGCGCCAAUUGAGACCCUUCUAUUCACUCUAGAUUGGAUCACUCAUUUGGCUCCGCUAUCACCAGAUAACCAUAUGGCCAUCACUGCAGUUUUAGAUAAAGUUGAAAAUGCUAUUUCUCAACUUGAACAAGACCCCGCCAGGAAGCUGACCUAUGAAGCCUAUAUAGGACACUUUUCAAAUGUUGUUGAUCUAAUUCAGAACGAAAUCAAUGUGAUUCUCAAUUUACUUGCGUCUGUGCAUGGGUUUUAUCGAGCGGUACUGCGCCUACCCAAUACCAGCCCAAAGAUAACAUUUCAGUCAUCCCGAAUACUGAAGAAGGCCUGGGUUCAGCCAGACCCAACUUUAAGUUUCGAUAAAAACCAAUGUCUAACUCUCCAUAACAUCCGGUGUUAUAAAAAGACCCUUCCUGGCUGGUGGAUUUGUCUCGGUUUAUAUGAUAGCCUUACUAAACCGACAGGCCCUGCCCAAGCUAAUAACACGGAUUUGGAUGUUAUUGCUCCAAAGCCUAACCUAAUCUAG